AUGUCUAUUGAGGAAACACUCAACUUCGAGUUCAAGUUGACUGUGACCUUUUUCGAGUCUCUUGCAAGCCACGAAAGUGAACCCCAGCGGCGGUUGUUGGACAAGUUCCCCGCAAGCAAACACUUUCGCACUGGCAGACCAAAUGGCGGAAAGCCUGGAUUGCAUGCAAUCAUCGAUCCACCUCUCUUUCGAGUUGUACGACAGCUUUUCGUACAUAUCGAAGCCUCGCACUGGGGUGUACAUGCCGAAAGUAUUCAAGGUGCAUCGCUGGCAAGCUGGAGAAGGGAAUUUGAGCUUCAUCAGAGGGCAGUCGAAAUCGAUCUUCCCGAUAGCAGUCGAUCAGGAAAGAUACACCCAAGCUAUCUAUUUUGA